CAACAUCCCAUUUCUUCUUGAUCGAAGUAUUGUCUCUCUCAUUCUCCAUUCCGCAUAACAGUCAAUGAUAUGGCAGAGCUAGCCCUUGCGAUCAUUCCAAUUGGCCUCAAAACCUGUUCCGGUCUUGUGAGCUACCUGGGCGGGCUCAAAUUGUUUCCCAUCGUCCUCACUUCAGAGACUGCGAUUUCUAUAUUACUGCUAAUGAUUAUUCGCGACAAAGAAUCUUGAGGUUCACUGGACUCACUAGACUGAUAGGAAGAGCUGUUGAGUUAACAUUACGCACGACUAUUGGGGCAGGCGGAUUCAGUAUCAGCCCCUCUCUCAAUUACUUUGCUAUGGUCGAUGAAGAUAAAUCUCCAGCCUUUAGAGUCAUUAACUUGCUAUUGGAAAGCCGCCUCGGAGCCCGUUGGGCUAUGGAAAGUUACCCAGGACUCUUAUUCGAGUCGCUUACUCGGAAACUCCAGGUGAUCUUCCGCUCCGGGAAGGCUAGGCCUACCGAUAUUAAUUCGCGGGGCUAUUCUUUACUCCAUCAGUUGACUUUUGCGAUGAACUCUGGUGACUUCCGGAUUUUAACCCAGCAGCAGCGUGCACAUCCGGGUCUGAAGUCAUUGUUCGAUUUCCUUAUCGCAGCAGGUACUCCAGUGUCGGCCGUAGGGUCAGACGGUCGCCUGGCCAUACACGUAGCUGCCGAUGACUUUGUGCUUCCAUCGUCGAUUCUUGCCCAGCUGUGCGUCGACGAUGCUGAGAUACCCGCUCCUAGGCGACCAGAACUGAGGUGCAGCAGUUUUGGCCCCAUUGACAUUGCCAAGCAUGAUAGCGUGAGUGGAAGAAUCGCCGAAGCUUUGUUCGGGCCAUUGACCCUUGCGAUCCUACGCAACGAUGUGAAGGAAGUUGAAGUUCUGAUUGAUAGGAGUCCAGAAUGCAUAGGAGAAGUGAGCUUUUAUGGCGAGACUCCUUGUUUCGUGGCUAUAGAGAAACCGGAAAUAUUACGACUGUUGGUCAAACGAGCAACUCCAGGACAGCUUCUUCAACCAUGCCGAAUAGCAUCUGGCAUGAUCAGUCCUCUAGGAAGGGCGAUCCAGAUAAGCAAAGAUAUCUGCAGUAGUCGUGGAACUGCCAACGGGUCUGUUUGUCUCUGCACUGAGGCAGUCGAAGUUCUCUUGGAAGCGAAAUGCCCCAUCAGACCAUAUUAUGAUUUUGCGAAGCGCAAUAUAUUUGGAAUGCUGGUGUUUUUUAAUCUGUUAAUUGGUGCCUCCAGACAUUAUGCAUCUAUUUUUUGGAACCGGGAUUUCACCGAUAUUGAUGACACCUGGACGCAUCCAUCGCUAAGCAAGCAGGCAUUCGACCGGUUCGGCUCAGACGUACCGCAGGUCUUGCACUGUAUCUCGCCACAAUAUGCGAUGUGGUUAUACCACCACUGCCCGAAUUUCUGGACUGUAAUUUGCGAAAACAGCAGAGUAGAAGAAUCCAGCUUUGUUCUAUCCGAAAUCAUCAUCAUCAACAGAAAGUAUCUCUGGAAAUAUCUUGUCAGCGUCCCUUUGACCAUUGAAUACACAGACAGCCGUACCUGUCAGUGUUCACCUGAAGGCUAUACGCCCUUUACGCACGGGAUAAGAUGUCUUCUGAAGAAGUAUUCAUCAAAUACCGACGUGCUACGAUCAUUCGUGGAAGACUUUGGUCAAGAAUUAACAAUGUAUCAAUACACCGCUAUAUUGAGGCAAGCAGCCUUUGCAAACCUCGAUAUGAUUCAUACAUGUUCCACCAGGCCAAAAUCCCCGGAUGAGUCACUUGACGAUCAAAUCUACCCCAUGGAAGAUGACGCUGAUAAGGCGGCCUUCAUCAAUAAUCUGAUUGUCGACUUCAAACAAUUCAUGCCUGAAGAUGCGAACGUCAGAUACUGCGAAGAAAAAAGGGGUGACACUACCAUAUAUAAGACAUAUCACCAGCACCGUGCUUUGGAUUUCUGGGACCGCAUUUUGCCAUCAAUGAUGGGGAAUCUUGAGCAGAUUUUAGCGUCUACAUGGAAUCCUGAUCAUGAGGCCUUGAAAGACCUUGGAAUUACUCUGUGGGUUGAAGAAGAGAAGAAAGAAGAAGUCUUUGAAAGGGUAUAUGAAGUUAGAAAGGAUGAUGAAGAGAGCCGCAGGAUGCCAUUCAAAGAACUAAUGGAGAAGCUAGAGAUGAUUGAAUGA